AUGGAUAUCGACCAGGCUGGCAUUCGUUUUCUUUGUGUCUGCACCAAGUAUAAUCAUGGGCAGCCUCACGAAGUCUCAUACACAUCCCAGUACCACCAUCUCAAUGAAGCAACCACCAAGGAAGAAAAAGAGAAGAUGCACACUGUGAAGGCGUUUGGUUUGAAAGUGCUAACUGUUUCAGAUCCUCCUUCACAAGCCUCAGGCCCAGGCAGUUCUCGAUACCCAGCUAUUCCUGCAGAUGAUGCCCGCGAGAUGUCCUUAUCAGAUGGCGCUCGUCGUGCUGUCACCUUACAAGUACUUGUGAAACAAGCACACAAGUGUGCAGAUUCUCAACAUUUUGUAGGUCGAUGCAAGCGGGCCAAGAUUGUGGAGCCUGAACAAACCUGUCCUGAUGACGAGCCUCCUCUCCCUCCCGACAUCAAAACUCCGCUCCCCUCCCCAAAAAUGAACCUCCUCUCCCUCCCGACAUCAAAACUCCGCUCCCUCCCAAAAAUGAACCUCCUCUCCCUCCCGACAUCAAAACUCCGCUCCCUCCCGACAUCAAAACUCCGCUCCCCUCCCGAAAAUGAACCUCCUCUCCCUCCCGACAUCAAAACUCCGCUCCCUCCCGAAAAUGAACCUCCUCUCCCUCCUGACAACAAACCUCCUCUCCCUCCAGAACAUGAGUGCCCCCAAAUUGAGUUGCUACAGGCUCUGUAUCGUGACCCGGAGAGUGCAUUCCAUAUGCAAUACCUUUGGGAGAGAACUCAGGAGGUUCUAGAUGGUCUGAGGCAGACAGGAAACGUGCCUGUUGUUGACGAUAUCGCAAUGGGGUUUGAUAUUCUUGGUGCUGUGCUUGAUGCUAUACGAGAGCAAGACAUCCGAUUGUUGGAUCUAUAUAUGGGUCAUUCUUAA